GGAAUACUCUCGAUUAUUUGCAUCUUGUCGUUCUUUGGAAAUAUCUCGUUAUGGAUAGUGAUUAUAAAAACUAAAGAUUUGCACAAAGAAUCGAAUUAUUUAACUCUGUGCUUGUCCUUCGCGGAUAUUUUGGUAUCUAUGGGCAUGCCCAUUACGUGUUUAACUAUAGUCUACGGCGAAUGGAUAUUCGAUGACGUCAUUUGCCAAGUUUUAGGUUUUGUGAAUAUGGUGACGUUUAUUGGGAGUGUGACGUCACUGGGCGUUAUCAGCAUGAAUCGGUAUAUCAAGAUUUGUAAGCCCUAUAAGUACAGUGUUGUUUAUACCAAACGAAAUAUAUUUCUUAUGAUAGCAGGUGUGUGGAUUUUAUCAUCAGCCUUAGCAACGCCGCCAUUGUUUGGUUGGGGAGUAUACGCAUAUCUACCCAAUCAGUCAUUCUGUUUUUGCGAUUGGGCCACGUCUGUUUCUUACACGUUCUUUAUGGUGGGCACGUGCUUUGGUGGACCGUGCACUGUUAUGACUGUGUGCUAUGUUUUAAUAUUACGAAAGCUGCGAGCAAGCUCUAGAAAAAGUGUUCAAUUUCGUGCCAAAGAAAUUAGAAUUACCGCGCUUUUUCUGAUCGUUAUAUUUGCCUUUGUUAUUUCGUGGUUUCCGUUUUGUAUUGCUAUGUUUAUGUCUGUCUUUUGCAAGGAGUAUCUGUCCCGCCAUUUUGACAUGUUCACGUUGUUGCUAGGCUACGCGAAUAGUUGCUAUAAUCCUUUUAUAUAUGGUGUUCUCAACCUUCGAGUGAAACAGGGUUAUAAAACAGUGUUUGGAAAGUGUAUUCCGAAGUCAAUC